UUGAGAUUUUUCAGAGCCCCCACUCUGUCAUAUGAACCUCUCGUGAGGAAUGUGCAAAAGCAACAAAUCAAAACUGAAAAAUACUGCCCUCAAUGUAAAGUCGUGUUUGUUUGUCCCUAAAUUAAAAAUAAAAACUCAUUCCAAACACCGCCUCGUCGGAGAAAAACACCACUCUCUCUUCCUCCAUCUCCGAUCAAUCGAACCAGAUUUCUCCAAAUCGCUCAUUAGGGUUUCAUCAAUCUCCAAAAAACCACCAUUGAUGACGACGACGAUGAUGAGCUUCUGAGAAUGGAGAAGGCUCCGCCAUUGAAGCCUCUCUCAACCCUCGAAUGGGAGGCUCUGAUCGACGACUUCCACCACGGCGGCUCUCGCCUCCAUCGCUGGACCUCCUCCAACUAUUCAGGUCUCUCUCUUCUCGAACUCUCUCUCUCUACAAUUCUCCGCAAAGACUUCCCUCUCAAUCUCAAGCUCCACCUCAUUAUCUUCCUCGAAACCCACUUCUCUGACUCCGAGUCAGACUCAGAAGUCCUCACUCGACUCCUCGAAACCCUAAGAGUCCUAAUCCAAGCCCCAAUCGAUGGAGUCUCGGUGACCUUUGCUUUGAAAGAGCAAAUGAUGGUCUCCACAUCUUCUGUUUUUAUAACCCUAAGAAUUGAUGAUGAUGAUGAUGAAUUGCUUCAUAUUCCACAGCUAGAGAGCUUGACUGAGCUCUUGUUGAUGGUCGUGAACCGGCCUAACCAUGGACCGGACCGGCAGACCCGGUCCGUGGCUUGUGAGUGUUUGAGGGAGUUAGAGAGGGCUUACCCUUGUUUGUUAUCAGAAAUUGUUGGAAAUUUGUGGGGUUUGUGUCAGAGUGAACGAACUCAUGCUUCACAAAGCUAUGUGCUUUUGUUGACAAGGGUGAUUCAUGGGAUUGUGAUGUUGAAACCCAAUGUCUCAAUUCUCAAUUCCUCUAUUCCUUUGGUUCCUUUCAAUGUUCCUCCGUUUUUGGUAUCAGGGAAUGGUGGGUUUAGUAAGGAUAUUUCGGGUUCUAGCUAUAAGGAGUUGAGGAGGGUUUUGUCGUUCUUGCUUGAUUGUCCAAUGUUUUUGACUUCAUUUGGGUUGGUGGAGUUCAUGUCGAUGAUUUUGCCUGUGGCGGUGGUUCUUGAGCUGCAGGGUUCACUGUUGAAGGUUCAGUUCUCUGGCCUUCUUUAUACCUAUGAUCCUUUGAUGUGCCAUGCUUUUUUAAUGAUGUAUAAGCAUUUCCGAGAUGCAUUUAAUGGGCAAGAGGGUGAGAUUGCCCGCCGCCUUAUCUUAAUCUCGAGAGAAGCCCAGCAAUAUUUGGUUUUCCGAUUGAUUGCCCUUCACUGGUUACUGGGUUUCAUUGGGUUGUUAUCUAAUGGAGAAGUGGGGAAAAAGAAAGCAGUUCUUGGUAUGGGUUUGAGCUUUUACCCAACUGUAUUCGAUCCCCUUUCUCUGAAAUCACUGAAGCUUGAUUUGCUUGCUUACUGUUCAAUUUUAUUCGGUGAGUCUACAUCUGCAAAUGAGGAAGGUGUCCAGAGUCAGGAUGUCGGUUUAGGAUUAUCUGUGGUGAAGCUUUUUGAAGAUGGUCUUGUUUCUGUAUUGGCAUUUAAAUGGUUACCGCCGUGGAGCACUGAAACUGCAGUGGCAUUCCGCACCUUCCACAAAUUUUUGAUCGGUGCGUCUUCUCAUUCUGACACUGAUCCUUCUUCCACAAGAAUUCUAAUGGCAUCCACCAUCUUUUCCACUUUACAGAGGACACUAGUGGAACUGACAUUAGAGUUCAAGGGAUUGGUUCCAGUUAUUGUUGCUUUGCUCGACCGCUUUUUGGGCUGUCAUAAGCAUUGCUGGUUGGGAGAGCACCUGCUUCAGACCUUUGAUGAGCAGUUGCUUCCAAAAGUCAAGAUAGAUUAUCGAUUAUCAUCUUACUUCCCGAUUUUUGAUAGAAUUGCCGAGAAUGAUACGGUUCCUCCUGGUGGAUUGCUAGAGCUGCUUAUCCAGUUCAUGAUUUUCCUUGUUGAAAAGCAUGGCCCAGAUGUUGGAUUGAAAUCUUGGUCUCAAGGAAGUAGAGUUCUUGGCAUUUGUCGAACCAUGCUGAUGCACCAUCAUAGCUCUAGAUUAUUCCUUGGACUAUCUCGUCUUCUUGCCUUCACUUGCCUUUAUUUUCCUGAUCUGGAACUUCGUGAUGAUGCAAGGAUCUACCUUCGGAUGUUGAUCUGUAUUCCAGGAAAGAAGCUCAGGGACAUACUGAAAAGUGGGGAGCAACUCCCCGGUAUAACACCAUCUCCCCAGUCAAGCUCUUACUUCAGUGUGCAAUCUCCUCAACCCUCUUUCGAUCUUAAAAAAUCUAGGACAAUUUCAUCCUACAUCUUCAUUGAGCGGGUGAUACCACUUCUUGUCAAACAGUCAUGGUCCUUGUCUUUAUCGACUCUAAAUAUUGGUGUUGACAAACCAGCUUAUCUAGAGGGCAUUGGAUACAGUGAACCAUUGGCUGAACAAAGUGUGGUUGAUGAAGACACUACUAAUAUCCAAAUUUUCCCAGAAAUAGAAAAAAUAGAUCAUCCACACGAGCUGUUACGUGUGAUGGAUUCAAAGAUAUCAGAGAUUAUUGGAAUGUUGAGGCGGCAUUUUUCCACUAUUCCUGAUUUCAGACACAUGCCAGGACUCAAGAUAAGGAUACCAUGUAGCUUGAGAUUUUUAUCUGAGCCGUUCAAACGCAUAUGGGGCAUCGAUUUGGCUGCUAACGGUUUGGAUGGACUAGAUGCACUUCCUGCCUUCUAUGCAACUGUGCUCCGUUUUUCUUCUUCAGCACCAUAUGGGUCUAUUCCAUCAAAUCACAUACCUUUCCUUCUCGGUGAACCCCCUAUAAAAGAUUAUUCUUCGGGCCUUGGGGAUUCAUUAGCUAUUGUUCCUAUAGAAGAUGGUUCUGGAGAAGAAGAAGAAAGCUUCAAAGCAACUGUGACGAUUGAAUUGGAACCACGUGAACCUAUUCCCGGUCUUGUUGACGUUUCCAUUGAAGCAAACACAGAAAAUGGACAGAUAAUCCGCGGGCAGCUUCAGAGCAUCAAUAUUGGCAUAGAAGACAUGUUUCUUAGGGCUAUUAUCUCAUCCGACAUACCAGAAGAUGAAAUACCCAGUUAUUAUCUAGACUUGUUCAAUGCUCUAUGGGAAGCAUGUGGUUCUUCUACCAACACCGGGCAUGAGGCCUUCCCACUGAAAGGAGGGAAAGGAGUAGCUGCAAUUAGUGGGACCCGAUCAGUCAAACUGCUCCAGGUUCCUGCGGCCUCUUUGAUUCAAGCUAUCGAGCACCACUUGGCACCUUUUGUUGUCAGCGUCCUUGGCGAACCACUUGUCAACAUUGUGAAGAACUGUGGAAUCAUCAAAGACGUUAUCUGGAAGGAUGAUGUGGCGUCAGAUUCUACCCUCGAUGAUGCUAUCUCAGGUUCUAGUUUCAGUAAGGGCCCACUUUAUCUCAAAUACGUUGAAGACGAAGGCGAAAGAGAGAAUCAUGUUCACAUUAGCAAGAAAAACAUGGGCUCUUUUCUCGUUUUGAUUUUCCUUCCACCGAGGUUCCAUCUCCUUUUUCAAAUGGAGGUAUGUGAUGUUUCAACUUUAGUUCGAAUUAGAACCGAUCACUGGCCGUGCCUAGCUUAUAUCGAUGAUUAUCUGGAAGCUUUGUUUUCUGAGUAGGAGAUCCAUUCAUUUAUUUUUUGUAUUUUUUUUUUUUUCUUGUUGCUAGUUUUGUUAGUUACUGCGCUUUAUUCUAAUUCUUUUCCCUUAAUAUUUUCUACAUGGGAAUUACAUUUUGACACUCAAAAAAAAUAUUGUAAAUACUCUCUGAAAGUGUUCUGUUCUUGUAUAAUAACUUCCAGAAAUGUAUUCUUUUUCCAGGGUGUUUUUCCAUUUGCUCUGGAAAUUAAUUUAGUAUACAUUUGAUUUGAAUUUGCAAGAAUUUUUUGUUGUUUGUAAUCA